UGCACAGAACCAGGAAGUAACUAAUUUCAGAGAAAACGAAACAGAUCUCUCUCUCCAUGUGUGAGUUUAGGAAAAUGGCUGAAGCCAAUAUUUCAGUAGAUCAGGAUCAGUUCAGCUGUCCAGUGUGUCUGGAUCUCCUGAAGGAUCCGGUGACUAUCCCCUGUGGUCACAGUUUCUGUAAGGUGUGUAUUAAUGGCUGCUGGGAUCAGGAGGAUCAGAAGGGCAUCUACAGCUGUCCUCAGUGCAGAGACACUUUCACUCCAAGGCCUGUUCUACGCAGAAACAACAUGCUGGCUGAAGUGGUGGAGAAACUGAAGAAGAUUGAAGUCCAAGCUGCUCCUGCUCACUGUUACGCUGGACCUGGAGAUGUGGAGUGUGAUUUCUGCACUGGGAGAAAACACAAAGCUGUUAAGUCCUGUCUGAUGUGUCUGGCCUCCUUUUGUAAAACUCAUCUGAAACCUCAUUAUGAAGUUCCUGCUUUGAAAAAACACAGUCAAGCAUUAGUCGAAGCCUCUGGAAAUCUACAAGAGAAGAUCUGCUCUGAACAUGAUAAAGUGCUGGAGAUCUACUGUCAUACUGAUCAAAGAUGUAUUUGCUCUUUGUGCAUGUUGGAUAAACAUAAAGGCCAUGACGCUGUAUCAGUUACAGCAGGAAGAGCUGAGAAACAGAGUGAGUUAAAUAUGGAGCAGAUAAAAUUCCAGCAGAGAAUCCAGGAGAAGCAGAAGAAGGUGCAGGAGCUGAAACAGACUGUGAACACUAUAAAGCUCAGUGCACAGACAGCAGUAGAUGACAGUGAGAGGAUCUUUACUGAGAUGAUCAGCUCCAUGGAGAAAAAGCGCUCGGAGGUGACGGAGCUGAUCAGAGCUCAGGAGAAGGCUGAACUGAGUCCAGCUGAACGACUCCUGGAGCAACUGGAGCAGGAGAUUGCUGAUCUUCAGAGGAGAGUCACUGAGCUGGAGCAGCUUUCACACACACACGAUCACAUCCAUUUCCUCCAGGUAACACUCACUGUUUCAGCUUCCGGACAUCAGUCUCCUCUAUUAAAAAGACCAAAUUGUGACACGUCCAGCAUCACUGUCCCUCAACAUCUGUCAUUUGAUGGAUUGAGGAAUUCUCUCUCAGAUCUGAAGAAGAGACUGGAGGAAUUCUGUGAGGAGGAAUUCAACAAAAUCCCUCCACAUGCUGCAGCAGUUCAGAUCAUUUCACCACCAGAGACACAGAGCAGAGAAGAGUUUCUGAAACAUUUCUGUUAUCUGACUCUGGAUCCCAACACGACACAUCCUCACCUCAUUCUGUCUGAGAAGAACAGAGUGAUGAGAGACAGUGAGAGAGAGCAGCAGUACUCUGAUCAUCCAGAGAGAUUUGACUCCUGGUCUCAGGUGUUGUGUAAGGAGAGUGUGUGUGGACGCUGUUACUGGGAGGUGGAGUGGAGCGGUGAGUUUGGUGUGUACAUAUCAGUCUCAUAUAAAGACAUCAAGAGGAAAGGACGGAGUCAUGACUGUUUGUUUGGACGCAACAAUCAGUCCUGGAGUCUGUGGUGUUCUCCUUCUUUUUCUCUCUCUUUCUGUCACAACAACAUUCAGACUGAUCUCAGAGUUCCAUCACGCUCCAGAAUAGGAGUUUAUGUGGAUCACAGUGCAGGAACUCUGUCCUUCUACAGCGUCUCUGACACCAUGAAGCUCCUCCACAGAGUCCACACCACAUUCACUCAGCCUCUACACGCUGGGUUCUGGCUUGGUUUACUGUCAGAAGUGAGGUUGUGUGAUCCAGAAUAAGAUGUAUCUGGUGUUUUGUGGUCAGUAACAAGUAGAAAUUGUAUCACAAAUGAUCUUAUAGAAAAGUGUUUCAUUUCAACAAGAUUCCACAUUAUAGAGAGAUCGUUCCUGAGCACCAAAGCACUAAAAUGUAAAUCUAAAACACACACACACAAUAUUCAUUCUUUGUAAUGUGGUAAUUUUCUUUUGUUUUCUUUUUUUCAUCCACAGUCACUUACAAUAUCCUGGUUGUGUAGGUAUUUACAGCUUUAUAAUUGGGGGUGUGUCUGUGUUCAGAAUAAACCAAUCACAUUCAAUCUCAUGUACAAAAGUAAUUAUCAUCAGCUGCAUCAAUGAAAUGAUUCUGAUUAACUCCAAAUAAAGAAGCUUCUGUGGGAUUUCCUUCAAAUCUUCUUGUCUUCAUCUGACCGACUAAAAUAACAGAAGUAUCUUUGAUUUACUGAUAUAUUUAUCUUUAUAAACUCCUGACACAAAUAUGAUAUGAAACAGAGAGAGAGAGAGAGAGAGAGAGAGAGAGAGAGAAACAGUUCAAACUGUGAAGCGAUUUCAGUCAAAGGUUUUGGAGAUCUGCAGGAUGUACAAAAUUAUUCCUGAAAUGAUGAUACGCCAGAAGCUGACCACCGAAGAUCGUCAUCAUUAAUCCUGAACCUGGAAAUUGUCGGAACUCAGAGCCCCCUCCAAGUGGACAUAUCACAGGGUGGAAUUUUAGAUUGUAUCUUCUCUCUUAGCUUCCCAUAAUCUUGCCCAAUGAACUCAACAAACUAUAAAACUUAGCCAAAAUAAAAGAGAUCUCAAUCAACAGAUGAGAAGAAGCGGGUUUCUUUAUUCAGCCACGCAGUCAACAACAUGCAUAUCUGAAGAGAGCAGCUGGUCUCCCAAAAAACUCCGAAAAAGUCCCCUCUACUUAUACCCCAGGCGCCCCGGGGCGCCUCCUUUUCUCUAAUUUAAAUAUUUCCAGCAAUUUCCCAUUAUAUUCAGUGUAUGGCUUCUUUAGUCCCUCCUUCCUUAAUUUACAUACGUUUCCCAGUUCCCAUUAUUUUCACAUUUGUCCCGAUACCGCCCCUAAAUUAAUACCAUCCUCCCCUUGAUGAUGUCAAUUUUUCUCCUCCCUAGUUCCCCUUAUUUUUAGGCUAAGUCACCAAUUUUAGAAAAAAUUGGUGCUUACUUAUAAGCGCCACUUCCUCAUUGACUUAAUUUUACCGUCACCUCUCCAAGGUGCUUCCUCGGCUCAUCCUGACCUCGUGCGUUGCCCUCCACAACAAUGUGUAAGUACCUUGCUCUCUUCCUUUAUGUCAUGAUGACUUUUCCCUCUACUUACUUGAUCUAAGUUUUAUUUACUAUUUUUAAAAUAAGCUGUGCCAUUAAGCUGCCUCAUAUCCUUUUCUCUUUUCAUCACUGUUGGUUGCUGGUAUUCCAAUGCUAUUGUCUCCACUACCUGCCUAUCACUGUCAUGUCACAGUGACCUGGCCUAAUUCCCACACUGUGUUCCUCCUGCCUUAGUACACGCUCUCUUUUGCUGAUUACAUAGUCACGCAAUAUGCACUUCACUCAUCUUCACUCAUCUCUCCCCAUUUCCCAUUUUUUCCUUCUAGCUGAGUCACCCCUUAUCUUCCGGAGAAGGGGUGCUCUGCGACGCUAUUGCUAGUAUCAGCUAUCCUGUCUGGCCAUUCAACUUACUGGUUUCCUGGAGCACCUAUCUGAAUCCUCUAUUCCUGAGUCUCCUUACCUCGCUCAUCAUAUCGUGAGAGAUACCGUCUGUCUUGAUCAGAGCACCCAGUUUCACCCCACAACCUGUGAUCAGUCUACUCAGACUUUCUACUGGCACUGGAC